AUGAAUUCGGCAACAAAGGUUGGGGAAAUUUUCACGGCAGCGGGCCAAGCGUUCAGCAGACUCGGCGAUCUGACAAUGCAAUUGCAUCCUAAUGCUGAAUCUCCCUCUGGUAAAUGGACAGAUGAGGAAAUUGACAUGUUACACUCGUCCAUAAUGCGCUUCUCCGAUGAUCUGAGCAAAAUCAGUUUAAGCAUUAAAAAUCGCACAGUCUCUCAAAUACGACAAGCGUUGAAGAAGAAGGCAUUCGAGGAUGCUGGGAUACCAGCUAAACAAGUGCCCGUGCAGCAGGUGCAGCAUGUCAUUCAAACAGUACAGCAAUUGCCCAUUGUGCAGCAACAGCAGCCGCAACAGCAACACUUAUUUAAAUCACACAUCAUCCAGCAGCAACAACCGCAGCAACAACAGCCGCAGCAAGCAAAGCAAAUCAUUUUGCAGCCACAGCAAACAACGACGACAACAACAACUGUGACAAUCAAACAAUUUCAGCAAAUGCAACAACAAAAAGCUGCAGCAUUAGCUGCAGCACAAGCUGCUGCAGCGGCAGCGGCAGCAGCCAAUACGCCAACCAUCACAGAGAAUAUCAUCAUACAGCAGCCCACAUCAACGACUGCGAUGCAGCAAACAUCGCUGCCAAUUGUAGCGACAACUGCAACACAACAAAUCAUUGUGCCUGCCAAUUCAAAUAGCUCAGUAUUGUCGCCAAGUGUUGGAGCAACAGCAGUAGCAGCAGCAGCUGCAGUAGGUGCUGUUGUGGUUGCUGAGGAUGUGGUUAGCACCACAUCAAACACAUCAACAAAUGCUGGACUUAAAUGUGGACCCGAUGUAUCGAUGACGCUGAACAGGAUAAAUGUGCAGGAGAACGAUGUGGAGGAGUGUCUGCCCGCAGAGGUUGUUAAGCUGGACUUUGUCAGCGAGGAGGUGGCUGGAUGAAGUUCAAUAACUGUAGCUGAAGCUGAAACUGAAACAGAAGUAUCGAACGGCCUGGUUGAGCACUUCUAUUAUUAGUAAUAAAUAAAUAUUAAUAAGCAGCUUCAAGUAAAUCAGCGAUAUAUAAUACGUACAUAUAUAUGUAUAUAUAUAUAUAUAUUGAAAAUGUAAUUGUAAAAGUGAAUGGAAAUUAAGGGCUUGAUAAGUUCGAUGUAUUUAAUUGUUUUGCCGCAUCUACAUUAUAUAU